CUAGCUUAAAUAUCUGUGCCACCAAGUGCUACAUUAAGCUUUUAGUUUGUCUUGAAAUUCUUCAGUUCAUGGCGUUGAUGUCUAAAUUUUAAAGGCGUAGAAGAAAAUUUCUUGGUUUUGUGGAGUAUUUCUGGCGGUUGGUGUUGCAUUGCAACUUCAGUAUUUGUUGUAAGUUGUUGACGGUGUAACGAACGUUUGUGUUGACCGACGCAAAAUGUGCUAAGAUGCCUAGUUUUGAGUUUCUGGAUAAGGUUGAGCAUUUUGUGCGCACAGGAACACUUCCUGGCGAUUCAACAAAGUCUUCAAAGAAAGUGACCAAAGCUGCGAGCAAACACUUUCUCUAUAAAGAUGGCGUACUGUGGCGAAUGUACCGUGGCCGUCUCCUCCGUGUUGUCAGGAGCAAUGAGGAAGUCCGGGAGAUUCUCAUCCGUUUCCAUGACAACAACCACCACAUUGGGCGGGUUCGGAUGUUAAAGCAGAUAAUGUCGAUGUAUUACUGGGUUGGUGUGACCGAGGCGGUGAAGAACUGGAUCAGUGCCUGUCCACUUUGUCAGAGCCGAACAGCGACUGAGCGGGAUAAGAUGCCGGCCCGGUAUUGCUUGGCCUACGGCUGUGAUACCUCUAGCUACUCCCAUCCCGACCUCCAAUUCCACAGGUUUCCAAAGGAUGCGGAGCAGAGGACGAGGUGGCUGGCAGUGGCUCAGAGGGAUGAAGGCUCGCUGCGCACCAACUCCUGCCUUUGUUCUCGACAUUUUGAGCCAUCAUGCUUCAUACUGAAUGAAGAGGGUCAGCUGACUCUGGCCCCGGACGCUGUUCCCACCAUUAUCUCUGUUACCGCACUGGAGGAUGAGGUUUCAGCCCCUUCAGAUGAGGAGUUUCUCCAUUCCAACACCCUGGAAGAAUUUCUCUCCACAUGCGAUGUUGUCCAAACCUCAGAAUCCUCUGAUGUGGGAUCAGAACGGCCCGUGCAGCUGCUGGAACACCAGUACUGCCUCCCGUCUCCUGAUCCAAACUCUAGAACGUUCCAGACAGCAACAGAGGAUGCAAAGCGACAAAGUAUGUUUGAGUCCGGCUUCACAGUUUACAGCCAGAUUGUCAGGUAUCUGAGCCACAGGAUCUUACCAGCACAAAGCAAGAAAAACAGAUUUGCUCUGAAGAGGAUGGCCAAACGCUUUGGCCUGAUCGAUGGUGUUCUGAUGUACACACGAGUGUCUCCUCCUGUCAGAGUGGCACGCAGUAGGGAGGAGGUAAAUGCAAUCCUGCAGCAGUUUCAUGACAACCAGGGACACUAUGGCUACGGCAUCUGCCAUCGAGCCAUCUCACAACACUUCUACUGGGCCAACAUGAGCCGAGAUGUGGCCCACUGGAUCUCUAGCUGCCCGACCUGCAUCACAAAAACCAAGAGGAAGUGGCUCCGCUGCAGCAUCUACAACUGCACCAACAGCUGUGGCCCCGUGGAGAGGGGCCUGGGUCUCACGUUCCACAAGUUUCCUGUUCACAAUCCAGCCCUGUUGGUUCAGUGGUUAAAGAGCGUAGGCCGGCCCGGCUUUCACCCACGACUCUGGUCAUCUGUGUGUUCAGCACAUUUUACAGAGGACUGCUUCGGCCGCAGUGGGGACAAGGUGACCCUCCGAGCAGACGCUGUGCCCACGCUUUUUGUCCACAGUGAUUCAACGAUUCAGUCCAGAAAUCUGCCCCAGAGUGUUGAGGUGGAAGAAGUCAGCAGUGAUGAACAGAUCUAUUUUGCCAAGUACGACGCAGUAGAACUGUACAUCCGCAGUCGCACCUAUCCUCCUGGGCUCAACUUUGUGGAGAAAAAUACCUUCAGGACAUUCUGCAAGAAAUUUGCAAUUAAAGAUGACCAGCUGCACAUGGUUCGGGGAGAUCGGGUCCGUUUGGUUCUGAGGAGCAGACAGCAGGUUGAGGCUGCUCUAACUGAUUAUCACAGUGAGCUGAACCAUCUGGACAUUACUAAGUGUCUGAGACUACUCAACGAGAGAUUUUUCUGGAAAACCAUGAAGGCUGAUACAAGGCGAUGGAUUGACAACUGUUCCCAGUGCAGCAAGAUGAAGAAGAAAAAAACAGACGACCAACCAGAACUCAGAUCAGAAAUGCUGCUGCAGCCGCUGGGAUCACCACAGUUGCACACCGAUUCAGUCAGUGAGAAUGAUGAUGUUGGCGGUAACGAUGAUGACAGCAAUGAUGUGACACACAAUGACAGCAGCGAUGACAAAGAUGGGUCGCCAGCAAUGGACUGUGAGGACAGAAUGCCACAAACCCCCAUCAGCGCUGAGCCCAGAAUUCCCAUAAUUAUUCAUCUAAGAACUCCAGUUAACCUCCAGCCCAAAACUCCGAAUAACCCCUCCCUGACCCAGGUCUGGCCUCUCAGUAUAGAUGGCUCAUCGAACUCCAAAUUCCAGGUGGAGACAAACAGCUUUAUCAUUCAGCCUGAGAGCAAAACCAGCGCCCAGUGUGAUGUCACAUCUGAGACAGACGGGAGGACAAAAUCCCCAGUCCAGAAAGAAACAAGUGUUUCUCUGACUGAGGUGCAGAACUCUGCAAAUGUCAGGACACAUCAGUGCACUGAAGGUCCAGUAGUCAUCGAGUCUGUCUCACAUCCACACGAACUCCUUACGAACCAUCAAUCCCAGCAGGAACCACAACUUCUAACAGCUACAAUUGGUGUCUCAGAAAUGAACCUUCAAGUCAAAACAUGUACCACACCUUGAAUCACAAUUGAAAUCCAAACAUCAA